AUGUGCGAUGUAUGCCUGGGCAUGGGAUUCGAAUGCCACUAUCGAGAUCCAGUCCACCCCCAAGCUCGUGCGCCCGACACUCCCUUGGUCAGUCCGUUGGAAGGCCGCCUGGAAGCAAUGGAAGCCGUAAUCCAACAUCUGCUUUCCAGAUCAAAUGAGCCGCAACUGCCAGAUACUCCAUGGACCGAUUCCGCUUCCGCUGCGGCUACAGCAGAGGUGCAUCCCUUUACCUCUGACAGCGUCGACGGAAUGUGUGCCAUAACCUUUGCUGGCGAAUACGUGCCCGGAUACUUUGGACCGACGUCCAGCUCGUCGUUCUUCAAGAAUAUCAUCGACGCGACGAGGGAAAUCCACUCUGGCGCCGACCCUCGAGCCAGGCGCCCGCCAAUAUCAAAGCCACCGUCUCCUCCGCCUGAAGCAAGUCCAGACGGCCAAAGCACCAGCUCUCUUGCAGCCGCGGUUGUGAACCCUUUCUACCUUCCCCAGCAUCAAGAGGUAGUAACCCUCCUGGAAGUCUUCUUCACCAACACCGGGAGACUGUUUCCAUACCUGUAUUCCUCAGCCAUCUUCGACCUCAAUGCCGUCUCAAGACCAAUAGACCCGGCCAAGGCCAACCGGGCGUAUCUCUGCAUCCUGAAUAUGGUCAUGGCCUUUGCAUCAAUCCAUACCCCGUCCAGGUCAACGAGCAUUGUUGAUAAACUAUCGCAGGGGAAUGCCUAUUUCCGUAGAGCCCUCUACAUGUUAGGUGGAAUGCGGCCUACUGAUGCGACACUGGAAUCAGUGCAGGCCACGUUACUAGUGGCCCAGUACGUGCAAGGUACACAGCGCUCGGCUCAGACAUGGACGAUUACCAGCUCUGCCAUCCAGGGCGCCCUACAGAUCGGGCUCUGGAGACAUCCCUCCGCAAAUGGCCUCCGAGUCGGCUCCUUGGAAGCUGAAGUCCGAAGGCGGACUUGGUGGAUGUGCUAUAUGAUGGACAAUAUGACCUUCGGCCGCCCGCCCCUGAUCCCCAAUGGUCAUAUGGAGUGUGAGCUACCUCUCGACGUUCCUUUAAAGGCACUCGCCCUGGAUGAUGGAAGUCCCGGUAGUAGUGGACCGGCUUCUGCUUCUGCUUCAGCAGUAUCUGGAGAAAGGCUGUUUCUGGAGACUUCGAAACUCAACAUAAUCCUAGGCCAGGUGAUAGAAAAUCUAUACAGAAGCAAUCUAGAAGCCGGCCCCUCCACUUCCCUGGUCAACCAACUGCAUCAAGUCAUCGACAUAGACCAGCAAUUGGCGCAAUGGAAUCUCGGCCUCCCACCCGGCCUGGAGAUCCUUGGUGGCUUCGAAGUUGUGGAGCUGCCUCUUGAUUCAAGAUCUGAAUUGCUGAGAUUCCGAGUAGUCCUCAGUCUGCGCUAUCACAGCCUAAGCACCUUGCUCCACCGGAAGGUCCUGGAGUGGCUUUUGGUGUGUCCUAGCUCGACACUGUCAGGGCCCAGCUUGACCGACUUCUCCUGGACAAUCAUCAAGGGCAGUAUUGACAUAUGUAGCCGAUCCGCACGGGAUACUAUCCUCGUUGUUGCCAGCCUCGCAGACCACCACAUCCUGCUCCCGAUCUGGUGGUACUCUGUCUACUACGUGCUCAAUGCCUCCCUGGUCCUAUUCGCGUCUUUCCUACUAUCAAUGCGCGGCCUCCCCGUGCGGUCGUCGUGCACCCGCAACGAUAUCCUAGACAGUCUGAAGACGGCUUACGACACGCUCGAGGCCAUCGGGUCAGGCACCUGGAUUGUUCUGAGAUGCAGGAAACUGCUGCACAAGCUUCUGUCGAUUGUGGAAGCAUAUGUCCAGCGCCAUGGGGAUGCAGAGGGCGGACUAGAGGACUUUCAAGCCGUCCAGGCUCAGCCGGGCUCUGUGGCUUUCCCGCUGUCGAUCUUUGAUUGGAACGCGGUUCCAAUGGACGAGGGAUUCAGGGUUAAUCUGGACCAUUUGGCAUUUGGUGAGGAUGGGACGGCGCUGGAACUGCCUAUUGAAUUCUAG